AAACGCGUCCCGUGGGUGGGCAGGGCAGGGCAGGGCAGGGCAGGACAGGACCGGACCGGGGCGGGCCGGGGGCGGCUCCGCGGGGAAGCCGGGGACGGUGCGGGGACACAGCCCCAGAGCUGCCAGCGCCCGACAUGGACUGCGGAGUCAUCACCUCCAAGACUGUGCUGCUGCUGCUGAGCCUCGCCUUCUGGGCAGCAGCUGCAGGCCUCAGCUAUGUUGGGGCGUACGUCAUCGACACCUACAAGAGCUACGACAACUUUCUGCAGGACAAGUACGCCCUGCUGCCGGCCGUGAUCAUCAUUUGCGUGGCCGUGGUGAUGUUCAUCAUCGGGCUGAUCGGCUGCUGCGCCACCUUCCGCGAGUCUCGGGUCGGCCUGGGGCUGUUCUUGGCUAUUAUCCUGGUUAUCUUCAUUGCAGAAGUGUCUGCUUUUGUCCUGGGAUUUGUUUACAGAGAAAAGGUAAAAACUGAUGUGCAAGGUACAAUGCACUCAGUCUUUGAGAAGUAUGAUGGCAAAAACCCGGAGUCUACAGUUGUGGAUUACUUGCAAGAACAACUUCACUGCUGCGGGGUUAAGAACUACAGUGACUGGACGACCACCCAGUGGUUUAAUUCCACAGGGAACAGCAGUGUCCCCCUGAGCUGCUGCCAGCAAGAGGCCAAGAACUGCACAGGGCAUCUGGAUCAGCCGCAGGAGCUCAACACAAGGGGCUGUGCACAGGAGCUGGAGUCUGGGCUGCAGAGUGUUAUCAGCUAUGCCAUGCUUGUAAUCCUGGGGUUUGCCAUUGUAAAGUUCUUUGGCAUGCUGAGCAUCUGUGUGCUUACUUGCAAGAAGGAAGAAAGUGGAUAUCAGCCUCUCUACUCAGGGGUGUUUGCUUAAUAAACUGUAAAGAACAAUCUUGCUUCCUGAUGAUGAGACUGACUCAUGAUCGUACCACAGCUUUCUGAAACGUAAUGCUAAAUUCAGACACCUAUACUACAAUACUACACCGGGUGGUGUAGUAGGCUCCAGAAUAACUUUCUUCUGACCUUUCCUCUGCCCUGAAAACAAGCAGCAGAAACUUUACCUUUUAAUCAAUGAAGUGGUGGAGACCACAGGAGGGGUUUCGGUUGUCCGCACAAACCUCAGAUCAUUCCCAUGAUGUGGUUUAAACAACAAAAGAAACUCCUGAACGCCAGGUUUAAAUGCUCUUCACAGGCACAUAGGGGAUCUGUAUUAUGUUUUUUCUUUAUCUGAUCGUGCAGUUUUGGGUUUUUCCCUUUUCUUAGGUCAUAUGCUGUAAUUUUGUAUACUGCAGAAGUUGUUAGUGCAAGACAUCCCCAUGCUUAAAGUCUAGAACAACAAUUUGUGUGGUUAUUUGGAGAAGUGAGCAAACACAAAAAACUCCAGGUUUUGAACUUUUGGGCUUAGAACUCUCUUUUUUAAAUCUCUUUAAUUACUGACAUUAAAAAUUCCUUGUGAAGCAGGGCUUUUGAACUUUUCUUCCUCCUUUUUCUACAGUUUGCCUGGGGGAAUUAGUGCCAUGUUUCCACCUUGACUGCUGUUCUCCACUAAAAUGUUAAAAAGAUGCAUUAUUGUACAAAGCAAUUUCAGUAACCCGCUGUAGCGCUGCUUUUGCGUAUUUUCUGUUCUUUAUUCUGCUGGACACAGUCACUUCUUGGAUCACAUCCCUGCUUUAACACAGUCCUUCUUUAACUCGUUUGUAUGUUAAUCUGUUCAUAAGCUCUUCAGGAUUUUGGGGAUAGAGAACAGAGGGAACUGUGAGUUUUUAUGUAUCAGGGAAUUGUGGAAAAGCAACAGAGAUUGUGCUGAUUCCUUCCUUGGAGAGAUAAGCAGCCUGUCCUUAACAAAAUAAACCUUUCUAUUUCUAGCUAAUUAGACAAAAAAAUUAGCUUGGGAUCAGUGUAAACUGUUUAAUUAUCUCCAUCCCUACCACCAAGGGGAAAAAAAGAAAGCAAUGGGUGACGAUGUCCUGUAGGAGACACACCAGCAUAAGCACGUAGAUGCUGAAAACUGAGUUUUUAUUGAGGGCUUUGUCUUCUGUUAAAUGCUAAAAUAAAGUGAAUUU